AUGAGCAAAUCCAAAGCUCAAAGAAUGCCUACUAUUACUACUCAUGUAAGCCAGAAAGAAAACCAAAAGCCUCAGAAAACUGAGAAACAACCCUCUUGGGCAGUUGUUAGAGGCUUUUUGGCUUGUAGGAACGUUGAAGUCCAAAAACAGCAACAGCAGAAGGAAGCAAAACAGCAGCAACAACCACAACCACAACCUCAACAUGUAGCAGAAACAAAACAACCUAAGAAGAAACAAGAACAGAGAAAGCUGAAAGAGGAAAGAGUCCCUGAAGACAACAACAAGAAAUGCAAGAAAAUGAAAUGUUCAGGUUCACUCUGCAACAACACUGGAAUGAUGGCAAAGCCAGAAACAACAACAACAGCAGCAGCAGCCGCCGCCACAUCAACAACACGAACAGCUACAGAUAUUCACAAGAAAAAGGCAUCACUUGGUGGCUCCAAAACCAACCUGGCUUCAAGCUCUAGCAGAUCCAUGAAAGCUCCUCUUAAUGAACUUAACGGAAGAACCGCUUCGGCUUUGUCGUCUUCUUCGCAAUCAGCAGCAUCUUCUAACUCAUCGGGCGCUGGUUCUUUUAGGGGAAUGCCGUUCAGGAGACUCUCCGGUUGUUACGAGUGUCGAAUGGUUGUUGACCCCGUUCUUGGUUUCACCAGAGACUCUUCUCUAAGAAGCUCCAUUUGUUCUUGUCCUGAUUGUGGUGAAGUCAUGAAAACUGAAAGCCUUGAACAUCAUCAAGCUGUCAAACAUGCAGUUUCUGAGCUGGGUCCAGAAGAUACAAGCAAGAACAUAGUUGAAAUUAUAUUUCAUUCAAGCUGGUUAAAGAAGCAAUCUCCGGUCUGUAAAAUCGACCGCAUCCUUAAAGUCCACAACACACAGAAAACCAUAACAAAAUUCGAAGAGUACCGAGACUCAAUCAAAGCGAAAGCAACCAAUCUCUCAAAAAAACACCCUCGCUGCAUAGCAGACGGAAACGAGUUACUAAGGUUUCACUGCACAACCUUUGUUUGUUCUUUAGGCCUAAACGGUUCCUCGAAUCUCUGCAACUCAUCACCACAAUGCAACGUCUGCAGCAUAAUAAAACACGGGUUUAAGUUGAGUAGCGGAGGGGAAGGGAUAUUGACGACAGCGACGAGUGGCAAAGCACACGACAAAGCUAGUAGUGUUUUGGAUGUUUCAGGUUAUGAGGGUGGUGAUGAAAAGAGAGCAAUGUUGGUUUGUAGGGUGAUAGCAGGGAGAGUGAAGAAGAAUAUGGAAGGUGGUAGUAAUGGUAUGGAAGAGUAUGAUUCGGUUAGUGCUGGUGAUGUUGGUGCUUAUUCAAAUUUGGAUGAGUUGUAUGUCUACAAUCCUCGAGCUAUUUUGCCUUGCUUUGUUGUAAUCUAUAGAGGCUUUUGA